AGUUUUUUAUUAACAUUUUGACUUUCUAGACUAACACAUGCAUGUAAAUAAAUAAUGUCAACUCCGAAACUAGUUCUUAUAUGUAUUGAUGGUAGUGAACACAGUUCCAGAGCUUUAGAAUGGUAUUUUAAUGAAGUUCAUCAUAAACAUAAUGAAGUUGGACUGGUUCAUGUACAUAUCCCUCCAAACAUACCAGUUGGCUUUGGUAUUCAUGGUAAUGAACAAGUCAUAGCAAAUGAUUUUUACCGGCAAGCUGUCCAAGAAACAAUUAGUGCUAGUAAAGCAGUAGUUGAAAUGCAUAAAGAAAAGUGUAUGGCUCAAGGGGUAACUCCAAAGGUAUUUCUGAAGACACUGGAUGAUUCUGCUGGCCACACGAUAUGUACUAUCGCCCAAGAAAAUAAUGCUAGUUUAAUAGUUGUUGGUCAGCGUGGUUUGGGAGCUAUUCGCCGAACAUUAUUUGGUAGUGUUAGCGACUAUAUUUUACAUCAUGCACGUAUACCUGUUCUUGUUUCAGUGCCACCAGGAAAAAAGUGAAUCAAUUUUGGCUGUCUUAUGUUGACUUAUCGGCUUAUGUUUCAUGUUCUUAUUCUUUAUGUUGACAAUCAAGUUGAACUACAUGUUUUUAUUUGUUUGAGCAACUGAGUUGCUAAGGGUUGAGGCUGUUGAGACUGUGGUCCUAACGUAAGCUACUGAUCAGGCUAAAAAUUUAAAAAGACUUAGAUAAUCUAACUAGCAAACUGCACAACAGUUCUUUGAAGAAUGCAGGUCUUUUCGCCUAACAUUUUACAUUAAAGUCCAAAAAUAAAAAAUAUAAAGCUUUUAAUUUUUUGCUUCGGAACUUUGAUGCUGAGAUCAAAAUUUCCCCGUUAGCAAAAUGUAGUUGCUUAUAAGAACAUUCAUCAAAGCUUUUAUUAUUUGUUACCGCUUACUAAAAGUAUUUGUGUAGAAGUACCAGUAACAAUGUCUGACCUUCGUCUUCGUAAUGACCAAAUCUGUCUUGGAUAAUGUUUUUUGUCUGUGUUUAAGAAAUAUUUUUGUUUCGUUGUUAUUUCAUGUUAGUUGCUGCAGAAAUAAGAACUCUUGGCUAGUAAAAAGUGAUGCAUAUUGGUAUUGGCCUCUUUCGCUUGUUAAGUAGUAAAACCAAUUUAUAUGGUUGUUUUCGAUGUGCUAUUGUUUAAGACAAUAUAUUUAAUGAAUCUUAGAAAUUACACAUAUAAUAUAUGAGUAGGAAUGUAUAUUUCUAAAACCAUUGCAA